AUGUUGGUCUUAUUUGAGACCGCCGCUGGUUACGCGAUAUUCAAGGUCCUUGACGAAUCCAAGCUGAAGCAGGUCGACAGUCUCUACAAGGAGUUUGAAACAAUUGAAAAAGCAAAUAAAAUUGUGAAGCUAAAGCACUUUGAGAAGUUUCAAGACACAACAGAGGCAUUAGCAGCUGCCACGCUCGUUGAGGGGAAAAUUAACAAGAAUUUGAAGAAAGUUCUAAAGAAGGUUGUUGCCAAGGAGGCACAUGAGCAGCUGGCCAUCAGUGAUGCAAAACUGGGUGGAGUCAUCAAAGAAAAGCUGGACGUGAGCUGUGUCUACAGUCCGGCUGUAGCUGAACUGAUGAGAUGUAUCAGGAGCCAAAUGGAAGGCCUCAUCACUGGACUUCCUGCCAGAGAGAUCAGUGCCAUGUCUCUGGGUUUAGCUCACAGUUUAUCGAGGUACAAGCUGAAGUUCAGUCCAGACAAAGUUGACACCAUGAUCGUUCAGGCCAUUUCUCUUCUGGACGACCUGGACAAGGAACUCAACAAUUACAUCAUGCGGUGCAGGGAGUGGUACGGCUGGCAUUUCCCUGAGUUGGGGAAAAUUGUGGCAGACAACUUGGCUUACUGCAAAACCGUCCGCAAAAUUGGUGAUCGCACCAAUGUGGCAGGCUCUGACCUGUCGGAACUUCUACCAGAGGAAAUCGAGGCUGAAGUUAAACUUGCGGCCGAGAUCUCCAUGGGCACUGAAGUUUCAGAACAAGACAUUGACAACAUUAGGCACCUGUGUGACCAGGUGAUUGAAAUUACAGAAUACCGCGCGCAGCUAUACGACUAUUUGAAAAAUCGAAUGAUGGCCAUCGCCCCAAACUUGACAGUCAUGGUGGGCGAACUGGUUGGUGCACGCCUAAUCUCUCAUGCUGGUUCUCUCCUAAAUCUGGCAAAGCAUCCCUCGUCCACAGUGCAGAUCCUUGGUGCAGAGAAAGCCCUCUUCAGAGCCUUGAAAACCCGCAAAGAUACGCCAAAGUAUGGUCUCAUAUACCACGCCUCUUUGGUGGGCCAGACCAGCGCCAAGAAUAAGGGCAAGAUCUCCAGAAUGUUGGCUGCUAAAGCUGCCUUGGCCAUUCGCUACGAUGCUCUGGGUGAAGACACAAAUGCAGAAAUGGGAGUGGAAAACCGAGCCAAACUGGAGGCCAGGCUGCGACAGUUGGAAGAAAAAGGGAUCCGAAGGAUCAGUGGGACAGGCAAAGCCAUGGCAAAGGUGGACAAAUACCAGCACAAGAGUGAAGUAAGGGUUUAUGAUCCCUCUGGCGAUUCUACUAUCCCCUCAAAGAAGAGGAAGAUUGAAGAGGUAGAGGAGGCUGUAACACCUGUGGCCAAAUCCAAAAAGGCUAAAAGGGAGCCAGUAGCAGAAGAGGAAGAAGUAGAAAUGACAGAGGUGGCAGAAGAGACUCCUAAGAAAAAGAAGAAAAAGGAGAAGAAAGCUGCAGCAGAGGAGACUAUAGAGGAGGAGGUGCCAGUAGCAGAGUCGACAGAAAAGAAGAAAAAGAAGCACAAGAAAGUGGAAGCUGCAACAGAGGAGGCUGAGGAAACAGAGACACCUGUGAAAACAAAAAAGAAGGGGAAAAAAGAAACAGUUGCAAUGGAGGAGCAAGAGGAGGAACCUGUAACAGAGUCAUCAGAAAAGAAAAAGAAGAAGAAAAAGAAGGCUAAGGAGGAUGAGGACUAAAAAGAAUGAAUGCAUAUUGUUGCAUGUGUAUAUAUAUGUUGAGUUUUUAUUUCAUUUUAAUUUUUUGUUUAUAUUUAGUAGAUUUUUUUUUGCUCUAACAGGACUCAUUUAUUAUCACGUGAAAGUGAAACAUUUUGUUGUUGUUGAAAAUAUCAACAAUUUAAAGGACGAUGACAUUUAAGUUCCAACCUCCCUUUGUGAUUUCAAUUCCAUUGCAAUCAGUUUUUGUCUAAGACUAAACAUCUGCUCUGAUGAAAUAAAAUAUUUUGAUUAUGUAA